GGGUGGUAGCUCGUGGCCCCGCACCCCACUCGCGCAUAAAACUAACCACAGCAUAUCAAUGCUAUUCAUCCGUCAAACCUUUUUUCAUCUUCCUUUGCGCUGGCCAUCCCGAACUGAGCAAGACGAAAGUGGAAAAUAGUAAACGUCAUUAUUGUGAGUUGGAAGUAAAUGGUUCGAGGUGAAAAUUUUUAAGCGAUUUUUGUUUCCAUAUUUUCUAGAUUUUUGGAGACUGUUUUGGAGAUAUUCGGUUUGUGGGGGGCUUUUCGAAGGAUUUUCUAUCCGGGGUAGCACGAAGUUUCGGUCAAAAUGUCCCCACCGGGCAAUGGGAUCUUCGUGGUGCGGGGGGAGAUGUCCACUCUGACCACGGCGAUGCGUCGUGGAUCCCGCUGGAAUUCCAACUCGUAUCAGGAUGACGAAAAAGAUGUGCUGCUGAAGAGCUUUCACGAUUUGAAAGAAAAAUUGCUUCAAAUUGAAGAUUUGCGACUGGUGGAACCAGGAGUGUUUCUGGGUCCAUUCCUGGAGGUAAUCCGAUCGGAAGAAACGACAGGGCCUGUGACCAGUUUGGCACUUUCGGCUGUCAACAAAUUUCUUUCAUACGGACUGAUCGAUCCGACACAUUCAACUUUGGCCGCAACGGUAGAGAGCAUAGCAGAUGCAGCGACCCACGCUCGUUUCGUUGGAACAGACAACACUUCAGAUGGAAUCGUGCUAAUGAAGGUUAUCCAGGUGCUACGUACUCUGGUGCUCAGUCCAGAGGGAAGUGCUCUGUCCAAUGAGUGCAUUUGCGACAUUAUUCUCAGUUGUUUCCGAUUGUGCUUCGAACCACGAUUGAACGAAUCGGUUCGGAAAACAGCGGAGAAUGCGCUCAAAGAUAUUGUUCUUUUGCUAUUCAUGAGACUGCCACAGUUUGUAGAAAGCGGAAACUUUAAUUUGAAAUCGCUUAAAAUGCGAUCCAGUACGAUUGAUCAAUCCAACAAGAAACGCAAAACUAGUAGAACUGAAAUAAAAGCCACCAUGGCCACACCCAAAAUUGUCACCAGCGAUGACCAGGAACAGGAACCAAAAACUCCCGUAGUGGGAAAUGCGCCCCAAGGCUUGAAGCCUCCUCCCCUGUCCACGACACCUGCGACUCCAGCUGGACCAAUUGUAGAUAUGCAGGGAGCAAUUUCCCAAACUCCCAAAACCUGUCAGGAACCCAAACAAGGUCCAAUCCCUGAAGAGGGCGUAGAAUCACAACAAAUCGUAGAAGAAACAGCACCACCACAACCUAACAUACCCGAAAUUGAAGAAUCGGUAACAGAUUCGUUCGUCAAUUCCGUAGGAGUCCGCUUCACUCAACAACAAGACGAGGAACCAUCCGGACCUACCCCACACCUUCCCUACGGUCUCCCUUGUAUCCGAGAACUGUUCCGUUUCCUCGUGUCGCUUUGCAAUCCACUGGACAAACAAAACACUGACGUUAUGAUCCACAUGGGUCUCACUUUGCUCACCGUUACUUUCGAAGUCGGUGCCGACAGCAUAGGCAAAUAUGAAUCCCUGCUCACCAUAGUCAAAGAUGAUCUUUGCAAAAAUUUGUUCGCUCUCCUAGCUACCGAGCGAAUAUCGAUCUUUGCCGCAGACCUACAGCUAUGCUUUCUCAUGUUCGAAUCCCUACGCUCCCAGCUUAAAUUCCAACUUGAGUACUACCUUACCAAACUGGCCGAUCUGAUCGUCAACGAAAAUCCGCGCAUCCUCUAUGAGGCACGGGAACUGGCACUGGAUAAUCUACUGCAACUUUUUCGCAUUCCCGGGUUCGCAGCCGAGCUGUACAUCAAUUACGACUGUGACCUGUACUGCACCAACCUGUUCGAGGACCUCACCAAGUUAAUGUCCAAAAACACACUUUCAGCCACGCACUCGAUCUACAGUGUCCACACGCUGUCGAUGGAUGCGCUGCUCACGAUUGUCGGUGCAAUUGAGCGGAACUGUGUGCAGGCAAAGAACGGCGAAAAGACGACCUACAUGCGCCACUCGCGGAACAAUUCUAGCGUUGAACAGAUUGUGCUGGACCCGACACUGGCCCCCGGUACUGCUUCUCAUUUGGACCAGAGCGACGUCGGAAGCCCACAGGAUGCAGACGAUAGCGACACGGUGGUCGAGAGUAUCAACAAUAUCCUCAAAUCGAGCCAAACCGAGGAUCGGUUGCGCCAGAUCGGCAACCAGGAAUCAGCCCUAAGUCAGGAGGAGUUGGCUGCGAUCAAGAAAAAGAAACGGCUGCUCACGCAGGGAACGGACCUGUUCAACCAGCGGCCCGAGAAGGGUAUCCAGUUUCUGCAGGAAAAUAAUAUCCUGAAUGCCACCCUGGACCCCCUGGAGGUGGCCCAUUUCUUGAGAGAAAAUUCCGGCCUCGAUAAGAAGAUGAUUGGCGAGUACAUUAGCAAAAAGAAAAACGUGGAAAGCCGGAUUCUGGAGGUGUUUGUUAAGUCGUUUGAUUUCGCUGGGUUAACAAUCGAUCAGGCACUUCGGUUAUACCUGGAAACGUUCCGAUUGCCUGGGGAAGCUCCGCUCAUUUUCCUAGUGAUGGAACAUUUUGCUGAACAUUGGCAUACAUGCAACAACGAACCUUUUGCCAAUACGGAUGCAGCAUUCCGUCUGGCGUAUGCCAUUAUUAUGUUGAACAUGGAUCAACACAACCACAAUGCAAAACGGUUGAAUGUCCCGAUGACGGUGGACGACUUUUUGAAAAACUUGCGCGGCUUGAACGGCAACUCUGAUUUCGAUCAGGAUAUGCUGAUCAACGUGUACAAUGCUAUUCGGAACGAAGAAAUCGUAAUGCCCGCCGAGCAAACGGGGCUGGUUCGAGAGAACUAUCUGUGGAAGGUGUUGCUGCGUCGUGGCGCCACCAAAGAUGGAGUUUUUCAGCACGUGUUCGGACCGAACCACGAUCGGGACCUGUUCCGCAUAAUACAGGGAUCAACACUGGCAGCUUUGAGUUUUAUUUUCGACAAAAGCCCCGACAAUACGCAGCUAUACCAGAAAUCGAUCAACGGAUUUAUCAAAUCGGCGGUCAUUGCUUCGCAUUACAGUCUGCAUGGGGAUUUCGACGCUCUGGUGUUAACCCUGUGCAAGUUUACAUCGCUGUUGAAUCCACCGGUGGAUGUGCACGAGAUCACCACUAAUGUGCAGUUCGGUCAAAGUGCCAAGGCCCAGCUGGCUAUGAAGACAGUUUUCGCGUUGAUACACGACCACGGAGAUUGCAUGCGGGAAGGUUGGAAGCACAUCAUCGAAGUGGUGUUACAACUGUUUAGGUUGAAACUUCUUCCCAAAACUCUCAUGGAGGCUGAAGAUUUCUGUGAACCGGGAGGGAAAGUAACGUUGAUCCGUGAGCAGAUUCAGCUGCCCAAAACAGAUGCCGGUCUACUCAGUAGCCUGUAUUCGUAUCUGAGCAACGAUGGCCAAAGGCAACCAUCAUACGAGGAGCAGGAAAUAAUUAAAUUUUCCAAACGUUGCAUAAAGGAGUGCCAGAUCGAUCAAAUAGUAAACGAAUCAAAGUUUUUACAGUUUGAGUCACUAGUCGAACUGGUCAAUUGUCUACUGGCGUUGACGAAACCUCCCGAGAGUCACAAAUCGGUUGGAUUACCGUAUGCGGAGAAUACUGUAGUAUUCCUGUUGGAGAUUUUGGUCAAAAUAUUAAUUCAGAAUCGUGAUCGACUUCUCCCAAUAUGGAAAAAUUGCCAGGAUCAACUGUAUUUGCUUCUGAACGGCUCUUCAUCUUGCAGCUACUCGUAUCUGCUACAACGAUCGACGGUUGCACUGUUAAAGUUGGCCAUCUAUCUGAUGAGAAACGAAGAAAUAUGUUCGACUAUUUUACAGAGCUUACGAAUGCUGCUCUUGCUGAAGCCAGCCGUUAUACUAUCGAUAUCAAAACCAAUCUCUGUUGGCAUGUACGAACUGUUGAAAACUAGUGCACAGAACAUUCACUCCGAAACGGAUUGGAUCAUAGUGUUCACUAUCUUGGAAUGUGUCGGGGCUGGAGCGAUUCCACCAGAAUAUGACGAAACACCCGCUAUUUCCGGCACCAAAUCAGAUGGAGCUCUUAGCAGUGAAGAAGACUCAGGCCUACCCGAUCGGGGGUACAUUUCCGAUUCGGAAUUGAAUGCCAUCAAAAGUGCGCAUUCUUCGAACUCAUGUACUCCCCUAAUUAGUCCUACGGGAGACAAUUGGAUCCUGGUCAACAAGGACGCCGACAUUGUAUCGUCAAGAUCAUCAUCGCCGAAACACACCAUACAAUAUCGAUGCAAACUGCUGCAACAUUCUCCAUUUGCACUGGUUAAAUGCUGGGAGAGUCUUGCAUUUAUCGUGCGAAAUGUAGCCCACAUUACACCGUAUAAUUUUGAAAGUUGCGUUCGCUGUAUUCGUACCUUCGUGGAAGCCUCGAUAAACGAUGGCAAACAGAAGCGCAGAAGGCAUCGUGGAAGCGCAACCGGAGGCAACGGAGCUGGUGGGGCCGAUAGCGGAAAGAAUUCACGGAACCGCAACCGCAGAAACGACAGCAGUGACAGCGAAUCUGAAGAUCUGCCCGAAGCGUAUCAGUCUAUUUCGAUUCAAUUGCUCGAUUUGAUGCACACACUUCACACCCGCACCGCACAGAUCUUCCGGUGGUGGGCUGAGGAAGGCGGAGCCCUCCCACAGUGUUCGGCUCUUUGGUCACAGGGAUGGUGUCCUUUGCUGCAAGGAAUAGCUCGCCUUGCAACCGAUCAGCGACGACAGGUACGAACAAGCGCGAUAACUUGUCUUCAACGUGCUCUCCUAGUUCAGGAUCUGCAAACUCUCAGUGGACUUGAGUGGGCAGGAUGCUUCAAGCAGGUCCUUUUCCCGCUGCUCUCGGAACUGCUGAGCGAGAAACCUGUUAAGCCGACCGAAUCGGCUCUACUAGAGGAGUCUCGUAUGAGAACGGCCACCAUAAUGUCCAAAGUUUUCCUGCAUCAUCUGACGCCUUUGAUAGCGCUGGCCGGUUUCAACGAGCUGUGGUUGGAGAUCUUGGACUACUUCGAGCGGUUUAUGAAAAUCGGCUCCGACAUGUUGUAUGAAGCGGUGCUGGAAAGCUUGAAGAACAUGCUGCUCGUGAUGCACUCGGUAUGCGUCUUUCAUAACAGUGACGGCGUAACACAUUCAAUUUUGUGGGAUGUAACUUGGCAGCGAAUUUCCGGAUUUUUGCCGCAUUUAAAGGACGAAUUAUUCAAAAGUGAUGCGCAUACACCUAGAGUUAAACAAACCUCAUCAGUUCCAUUGGCACCAAGUCCUGUUCAACAGCCAGUCGAGCAGGCUAUCGCAGUUGCUCUUCAGCCAACCUUAUCACCCCAAGCGGAAGAAGUGCAGCAAGCACCGGUUUCGAUGAAAAACAAUCUGCUAAUCAACAGCAGCAGUGUACUAAGCGCUCCACUGCUUCCGCAGAUUCCGAUGCCAACACCUGUUUUAGUACCGCCACCAGCAGUUGAACCGAUUCUUCAGCCGGAAGCAUCCGUACAAAUUGUCCCUCAAAACAACAAUCGUUAUUCCAACAUCAUAGAACUCCCGGUUACUCCUUCGCCGCCACCGGCACCUCUGAAUACUGCAGAACAAAAGGAACAUCAAUCGCAGCCUUCAUUUGAAAUCGAAAAGCACUCAACGAUUCAAGAACCUACGGUGCCCAUGAGCCACCUCAUGACCGGCCAUCAAUACCCAUCGCUACAAAGCGUCCCAAUUGGAAUUGCGCAAAGCUUUGCCCCGGUCUUUGUCCAGCCCAGCCAGAAUCCAGUCGAAGGGGGCGACAUCUACAGCGACUACAUAAACGACCCAUACAACCUCACGCUGCAAAUCGAUCAAAAUAACCAACAACAGCAACCAUCAGAGCAGCAACCGCAACAUCAUCCUAUCCCCGGUGGUCACCAGGAACCAGCGUCUGCAGCGCUGCCACCGCAGAAUGUAUUCCAAUCGGCGAACUACUUUGGAUCCACUCAAUUUAGUGCUGGCCGAAUACCGCCAGGUUCGGAAAUGUUAUUCGGUGAACCCUAACUGAACUCAUUUCUUCUUUAAAACAAGACACAGACCUUCACUUUCACCUACUACCACCACUACCAACUGGACUGGAGAAAGCAAAAACUAAUCUGAUUUUAUUCUGUUCUAUUCCUCCGGCGGUUGCCAACAUUCCUUUGGAUAUGCUGCUUCUGUUGGAACAACCGCACACACAAUUCGGAUUAUGGGGUGGGUUGCAUGUGAGUAGAUUCAGAUCAAAUUGUAGACGAUCUGUUUCAAUCCCAAGCGACGACUCAGCACUGUGACUGAACUUCGUCGUCUUCCGGGGAGACAAAAUGUGUACGUGAAUCAAAACAAAAAUCUAGUGCAAACAGUCAAUCGUAAACGAUUAAUGCUACUGCGAUAGAAUAUAACACUUAAAUGUAUUGAUUAGAUGUUUAGGCAAAAUAUGAUAGAAAAUUUUAAACUGCUAUUUUUUUUCUUUUUUUUUUUUGCUACACUAUUGGGUACAUGGAUGUCUAUAAUCACUGGUAUUAUUUUAGUUAAUCGAAUGUGAAAUAACUGUUGAUAUAAAAGUAAAAAUAUAUGUACAUGUGAAAAUAACACUUUCAAUCAAGCAUUGAUGAAAAACCGAGAUACACAAGGCAUUUCUUUUGUUGAAAUUUUAAAUUCUCUUUUUGGAAAAGUAGUUUAAUCUAUUAUCAAUCUUUAAAAAAUAUAAAUAUUAUUCAACACAGAAGAGUAAGUAUAACUAUUACUUAUACACAACUACAUACACAGAAAUGUAUGAAAAAAUUAAAUAAACCUACCUACUGUAAUAGGAA